UGUAUGUAAUAUAUAGACACUGAAGCCCAGCUGUCCAAUUCCACAUCAAGGUCAUUACCACAAAUUCUUGACUGAAAGGAAGGAGGCAAAUAAUCUUAUCAUUGACAGAUUGUUUCCAUCUAUUGAUAACAAGUGUCUUUCCAAGUAGAAAACUAAAGUUGAGGGAACUGUACAGUAAUUGUUAGAAGAUUGUGUUUCAAUACAGAGCCCAUUAAGAACUUUCUUCAGGGAAACAGAGAAAGAUUCACAGCGAUCAUCAUGGCGUCUUUUGAAACCAUGGAGCAGAAAGUUGAGGAUGUCCUAAAAAUCCAGUGCGAACAAAGGCAGAAACUUUAUCAAGACUAUUCUCUUCAGAUUAUGAAUUUGAAUAGGAAGUUAUCCAUGGAUGCAGAUCAAGUCAAGAAACAGGCAGAAAAACUCUCUAAUAUGUUUAACGAGCAACGAAAAUUUAUUCAUCAGUCUCUGAUUCUUCAGAAGAAGAGAAUGGAAGGCUUUAAAUCACUGUGUGAACAAUACUUGGAGGUCUGUUGUACAGUCUGAGGAAGCAGCCUAUACAUAGGGCAUUGAAUACUCUGGCAUUCUUUCCGUGCUCUUUGGAAAGUUACCCAUAAACAUCUUCCAGCAUUUUCCUCAUGG